AUGAGUGCAGAACAAACUCCAACUUGUAUCAGAGGAAGAUAUGUAGAUAUAGACAUUAGUAAAACGGAAGGAAAUGGAAGUUACACGGAUAGUUGCCAGAAUCACAUAAACUUCCACAAGGAUGAUAAUAAACCUAAAGGUUACAAGAAAUACGCUCAUACACCAAGAACUGGAUAUUAUAUUGGUAACAUAAGCUAUAACAGUAAUAAGCAGGAUGGAUUUCCCCUUAACCCAGGGGUAAGUUACUACAAUAAGAAUGUUGUGGUUUACUACCUGCGUUAUGAUGAUGAUAAUGUUCUACCGUUGCUUGUCGUAAUCACAAAAAAUCAGAAGAGUUAUGAAUACUACAAAAAGGAUGACUAUUUUUUAACUUCCAAUCAAUGGACAAGAGAAGUUGGAAUACGUAAUGACAGUAAGCUUUCUACAGCAUUCUCAGGGAUUGGCAAGAGCCUAACUACUGUUAUAGUUCUUAAGAUUGAUCAGGUUACAAAUGGGAACUACCGUGCCAAUGGAACUGAGAAGCCUCCAGAGGCCAAUAAGGAUACUCAGAUAACAGUGGAAGGAUCCGCGUACAAAGAUGUAUACAAAAAAUACAAGCACACUCCCUCCGGAGGAAUAAAUUCUCUGAGAAUCCUAUCCACAAAGAAGGGUGUCACAAGCAUACCAUUUGAUCCUCCUGUAUAUGGAACUGAAUAUAGUGAAGCUCAUGUUUAUUACUGGAACGGAGAUAGUAGUCACAAAAAUCCCCUGUUACUGGAACUUAAGCAAACUACGAGUAGUUACUCAUACUAUACACUUUCUUCUAUAAGUACAACAGAUAAAAAAUGGAAACCUAAAUCCGAUAUAGAAACUAGUAACAUUAAGGACAAGUUAGAUAGGCUAAACUGUGAAAAUAAUGGAGCUCACGUUAUAGACAUUUCAAAGAAAGAUACUUCUGGUAGCUACCAAUGUCUGACAACAGGAUGUACUGUCAGUAUUACUUUUGUCAAUCAUCCUUACACAUAUUACUCCCGAACAUUACAUUCUGUUUUUGAUGAUUCUAUUCGCAGAUUCAAGGAUGAGGGAACAGAACAGACAGGAAUUAAUUCUCCAGAGGGCACUAAUCAGGUCUAUGUAUUUCACUAUCCAAAAGGACCUCAUGGAAUCCCACUUUUGAUUUAUCUUCCAGAUUCGGAUAAAUGGUACCAAAGAGAAUCUCUCACUUCUACUAAAUGGACUGAAGUCAGUGAUAAAAAACCAGGAAAUGCAUUUAGUGGUAAUGAUCCAAAAAUACCAAGGCUUCUAAGGGAUAUAUUGCCUACUGUUACCAUAAAUGUUGGAGAUACAAAGGUUGGUGGAGAUGGACAAUCUACUACUUAUGACGAUACUUCUGGAGGAAUCACUGAAAAGAUUACUCUUACAAGACAUGACGUAAAGGUAAGCAAUGAAAAAACUGGAUAUACUAAUUUUACCCACUGUGUUCAGGGUAAACCAUAUUUUAUGGCUGGAGAUAUCAAAUACAAUACCUCCCUUUCUGGCAUACCACUAAGUUUCAUUCUUAAAAGUGUAAUAGCAUACUACUCUGGAAAAGGACCUGAGCUUAAAGUUGAUGAUCUUUCGCUUGAUGACCUUCUCAUGGUUGGCUUGGAGAAAAGAGGCAGUGAUCAGAAUGACUAUGUAUACUAUGGUAGGAGAAACGGAGGAUCUAAUUGGAUUGUUGUUUCUGAGAAGACUAAACUGGAGAGUACCUCUCUCACCGCUAAACUUAAGGAGUUAAAGGAUGAGUUUGCUAAAAAGCUUACUGAAAAAAAGAAAUUGCCUCAAAGUAAAGCUAAUGGACUUUCUGGAGGAGAGAUAGCAGCAAUAUCUGUUCCUACCGUCUUGACUGGUGGAGGUCUCGUCGGUAUUACUAUCUGGAAAUGGCCUGAUAUCAUGUCAUCUCUAAUAACUCGUUUGUAG